CCGGUUCAACCGCACCUUCCCAAAGGGUCACUGAUCAUUCGCGACCUCCGGCUAUGGCACAAUGGGAAGCGCGAUGGCGGUAACGAAGGGCCACCCCGGGUGAUGCUCAUCCUCAUCGAAGUCUUCUUCGCCUCGUGGUACCGUUCGUCGUUGCGCCUGACGCUGUUUUAG